AUCAGAAGAAUGCAUCCUGUGUUGCUAUUGGUGGUUGCAGUGACGGUGGGCGGGGCCAGAACGACGUUCAGUCGCUGUUGGGAGCGCCGGAGCUGCCAGGAGCUCAUCUCUGAGAGCAGCAUGACGGAGUGUUUCCAGCUUUGUGGACUUGACCCUCAUGAGAUGACCUCCAUUCUUAGCAGUGUUCACCUUCAGCAUCCUCCCUCAUCCAUCUUUCUUUCUCCUUCACCCUCUUCCUCCUCCUCUCAAGCCAAACAUUCCUACUCCAUGGAGCAUUUCCGUUGGGGGAAGCCUCUUGGGAGAAAGCGUCAUCCAGCGGAAAUCCCUGCAGGCAAAAAGGUAGAUGGGGACUCAGCUGAGAUUUUCCCUGGAGAGCUGAGGUGGUGGGAGCUUUCCAGGGAAAAAAUGACAGCUGAGGAUGAGGAGAGACAAGAGGAAGCAGAGGAGGUCUCCAAUGAGCAGCAUGAUAAAAAAGACAUCCCGUACAAGAUGAAGCACUUCCGCUGGAGUGGCCCUGUGGCGGGCAAACGCUACGGGGGCUUCAUGAAGAGCUGGCAGGAGCACAGCAAGAGGCCGCUCAUCACUCUCUUCAGAAACGUCAUCAACAAAGACGGAGAGGAGGAGAAGAGAGCAAAAUGAGGAAGAAGGGAGGAAAUGGAAAUUAACCAGAGGGGAAAAUGAUCAAAAUACAGAAUAUUAUUACAUUUAUCUUACAACUAAAUAUGUAAUAAAUACUUUACAGUCUUUUCUAAAGAAAGAAAAAUCUUAUUUAACCACAUUCAUAGUUUGUUUUGUGUAUGUCAGAAAAUACACAUUGUUGACACUGAAACUGUUUAUUUCUUUAUCUGUAGAUAUAAAAAUAACACAAAAGCACAGAAAAAAGAGUUAAAACAUAUAAAACAGGUUUGUGGUGAGUAUUUUAUUAAAAAAAACAUAGUUAUUGAUGGUCUUACUUAGAGUAUUAGUACUGUAACUUAUUUUUUAAUUGGUGGAAGUGUUUCUCAUGAACAAGGAGCUCAAAAGAGACAAUAGGAGUAACACCGGUUAUGGUUUUGGACAGACAGCAUACAGAUACAGACGAUAGAGAGAAUUAUCAUGUUAGAUAUAGAAGGUUUUCUUUCAAAUCCACAUUUCUCUGCCCUGUUUUAAAGCGGAAAUUGUAAUUUAUAUGUCUAAAAUCUUUAAAAACAACCGCAUGCCAGCUCUAUCAUGGCCACAUGAGGGCAGUAGUAACACAUGACCUGCAUACUUCUGAAUCUUAAUUUUAUGGACUUAAAGUUGGGCAUGAACUACAGGGCAGUAACACUAAGUUAUUAAUACAAAUAAAAGCUGAAAAUAUAAAUUACUGUUUAAAUAAUUUUCAGUUUUCUUACUUCAGCUCCACUCAUUCAUAUAUUGUCAAUGUUAAAGAAAUGUUGGAUGAUAAAAGAAAGAGGAGGCUGAAGAUGAGUCAUGGUGAUAUUUUAAUUUUCACUUCAUGAAAUUAUUGUGGAUGUCAUGAAAAGUAUAAAGAGUGCU